CUCGGUCGCAGCGGUUUAUAUUCGAUCAGGAUCGGAAUCGGAGCACCGUUCAGAUCGCUCGCUCGCUCGCGCUGCGGUGGAAUGAUAAAGACUCUGCUCGGUCACUGAGGCUAGCGGCGACACUCCGGGGUUUUCGGGAUUUCUCAGCGGCAUCUGAAGCGGAAUCAUGACGGCCACCAAAGAGCAGCAAAGCCAGAGACCGAAUCCACAGGACGAGGACCUGGCGGGCAUGAGUCCUCCUCAGAGGAACUGGAAGGGCAUCGCCAUCGCUCUGCUGGUCAUUCUGGUGGUCUGCUCUCUCAUCACCAUGUCUGUGAUCCUCCUCACUCCAGUGGACACGCAGCCGGGCAGUGACACCAAGCUGACGGUGGAGGAUCUGUUCAGCGCAGACUUCUACGUACACGACCCCGAGGCUCGCUGGAUCAACGAAUCUGAGGUCAUCUACAGAAAUCACCACGGUCAUGUGAUCAGAUUUAACAUCCUCACGAACGAGACAGAGAUCAUGCUGAAGAACACCACAUUCGAUACUUUCAAAGCCACCAGAUACUCUAUAAGUCCAGACAUGAAGUAUGUGCUUUUUGCCUACAAUGUCAAACAGGUUUACCGGCACUCUUUCACGGCGUCCUACAUCAUAUACAGCAUUCACACCAGGGAGGUUCUGCAGCUGGAUCCUCCGGAGGUCUUAAACUCUAAACUGCAGCACGCAGCGUGGGGCGUUCAGGGCCAGCAGCUGGUAUACAUAUUUGAGAAUAAUAUUUACUAUCAGUCAGACGUCAGGCGUAACUCGCUGCGACUGACCUCGUCUGGGAAAGAGGGCGUCAUCUAUAAUGGCAUCGCUGAUUGGCUCUAUGAAGAGGAGGUCCUGCACACGGAUGUGGCGCACUGGUGGUCACCCGAUGGCGAGCGCUUGGCGUUUCUGGUCCUGAAUGACAGUUUGGUGCCAAACAUGCCCUUGCCCACUUUCACCGGCUCCACAUACCCUAAAGGCAAACAGUACCCAUAUCCGAAGGCUGGGCAGCCCAAUCCUAUGGUCAAACUGUUUGUGGUCAAUCUGUACGGACCGACACACACUCUUGAACUCACACCACCUGAUGAACUGAAGCUCAGGGAGCACUAUGUGGUGAUGGUGAAGUGGAUCAGUAAGACCAAGACAGCAGUGCGAUGGUUAAACCGAGCACAGAACGUCUCCAUCCUGACCGUCUGUGACUCUACCACUGGAGCCUGCAUCAAGAGGCAUGAGGAAACCUCGGAAGUGUGGCUCUCCAGACAGAAUCAGGAGCCGUUCUUCUCUGGAGACGGCAGCCGUUUCUUCCUCACGGUACCGGUGAAGCAGGGAGGACGAGGAGACUUCCAGCACGUGGCCAUGUUCAGCUCUCAGGCGCGUGCUGAUCAGAACGAGGUGAGACACCUGACCUCAGGAAACUGGGAGGUGACACAGAUUCUGGCGUACGACGAGAACAGCCAGAUCAUUUUUUUCCUGAGCACUGAGGGCUCCUCGAGCCGCCGGCAGCUCUUCAGUGUCUCCACAGUGGGCCUAUUUCCGCGCCGAUGUCUGACCUGUGACCUCAACAAAGCUCACUGCACGUUCUUCAGUGCUGACUUCAACCCCACUAAUCAACACGUCCUGCUGCACUGCAAAGGUCCUGGAGCGCCGACAGUGAUCAUACACACUCUGAACACGGCCAAUUAUUAUAUCCUGGAGAAUAACUCUAUCCUGAGAGCUGCUCUCAGAUACAAGAGAAUCCAGCUGUUGGAGUACAGAAGCGUCCAGACAGACCACUUUGAAUUGCCGCUGAAGGUCACCUAUCCACCUGAUUUCUCCGAGUCCCGCAGUUAUGCACUUCUACUGAUGAUUGACGCUGCCCCCGGUGGUCAGCAGGUGAAUGACCGGUACUCACUGGACUGGGACUCAGUGCUGGUCAGUUCAGACAAUGUGAUCGUAGCUCGACUGGACGGCAGGGGAAGUGGCUUCCAGGGUCAGAAGCUGUUACAGGAAGUGCACAAGCGUCUGGGGUCCGUGGAGCUACAGGAUCAGCUGGCCGCCAUCGAGUACCUGCUGAAAUCCCCGUACAUCGAUCGAACCAGGAUCGGUGUGUUUGGCCGGGGUUAUGGAGGUUAUGUUGCACUCCUGCUGAUUAAAUCCACAGAGAACUUGUUUAAAUGCGCAGCAGCCAUGUCUCCUGUGACGGACUGGAGUCUGUACGCCUCUGCCUUCUCCGAGCGCUAUCUGGGUUUCCCUCUUCAGGAUGACAGCAGAUAUCAGUUCUCCAGUGUGCUGCAGAAUCCACAGGGUUUCAGAGACCAGACGCUCAUGCUACUGCACGCCACUGCAGAUGCAAAUGUUCACUUCCAGCACACGGCCGAGCUCAUUAAAAACCUGGUGAAGGUGGGAGCGAAUUACACACUACAGAUUUAUCCAGAUGAAGGUCAUUUUCUGUCCAAGAGCAGCCAGCGGCACGUGGCUUCAACACUGAGCAGCUACUUCAGAUCCUGUCUGCAGGAGGAGAUGCUUCCCAUCAGUGAGGAGGAGGAGGAAGAAGAAGAGUGAAGAUGAGAUGCAACACAGGAACAUGCACAGACACUGAAACACACACACACACACACACACAGGACAACAAAACACACUGGACAAGCAUCCAGAGAACACAUAAACAGAGAGAGCCAGGGGUGAAUGUGUGUGUGUGUGUGUGUGUGUGUGUGUGUGUGUGUGUGUGUGAGAGAGUGUGAGUGAACAUGUGUAUAUAUAUGCAUGUGUGUAACUGUUAGGAUGGAUGAAUGCACUAGAACUGUGUGUGUGUGUGUGUGUGUGUGUGAGAGAGAGAGAGUGUUUCUGGCUUAUGGAUCAUUAUAGCUGGAAAUGGAUUGGAAUAUUUCACAUAUCAUAAAUCACUAAGAUCUCUGAUUGGCGGAUACAUUGGCCAAUCACAGCACAGACUGUCGUGUGGAGCUGCUCCAGUCAUUGCAUGGUCCUUUUGCUUUGCUUCACUUCUUUUGCCACUUUCUGUCUGUCGAUAUGUUGUCAGCUUCCAGAGGAGCUGCGUUUCUCACAAUUUCUCCACUUGCUGGGAAGAAGAGUUAUUCCAUUCGUUGAAAGCUGGAGGAUGUUCGUGAAGAGGUCUCGGCGGCACACAUGGCGCUCUGUGUGUGUGAGCAGUGCAUUGUGGGAUAGUGCUGCUGUGUGCUGGACAGAAGAGGGCGCACCCAUGUGUUCCUGGACAUCAGACAGAUCCGCUCUGACUGUUUUGGAUCAGUUUAUUUGUAUUGCUGACUGUUUAGUUUUACUGUCGGUGGGGAGGGGGGUGAGGGGUUUGGGUUGAUUGUUAUCGUCCUCUAGUUAUAACAGUCAUGUCUAUAAAUAAACAACUAGUCCAAAAAUGGCACAGUUUCAGUUUGAUGUGCUAUAUUUUACCAUCAGAGUCACGCAGCAGCAGAGACGGCCUGGAGUGAAUGGAUGCUGCAUGCUUCAGUUCACUCAUUGGAAAAAGACACGAGUUGAUCUGCAGUAUUUUGAAUGCUAUUUCUUGAAUAUAGUUGACAGGACAGCUGGAUCAGGAAUCUGUCUCGCGAGCGUCAGGUGACUCCGCUAACCACUGUGCUGCAGGUGAAGAUGUGCUGCUGAACAUUCGCUGGUUAUUUUCUCAUCCUGCCGUUCGCUCUAAAGCUGUGUGACCUUUCUUUCUUCGGCAGCGAGCAGUGACUUUUCUGAAGCUCAUAAACGCAGAUCAUGAAAUACUCCAGUAUCUAAAGGAUUUUUCCUGUAACUCAUCUAUUGGCCUUGGAAACAUGAAUGAAUACUGACACAAAACUUAAUUUGGCAUGUCAAGUAGUUCAUUUUAGGAUGGCUGAAUUUCCAGCCAGUGACCAUGGGAACGGGGUUUGUGCUAAAAAUGAACCUGGUUAUACACAUAAAGCAAACAAAAAGUCAAGUCAUCUUUAUUUCUACAGAGCUUUUUCUGAUACAGAUUGUGCCACAGCAGCUUCACAGUGUUAAUCAGGAAAAUAGUGGGUUUUCAUCAUUAAUGAAUAACUACACAAAAACACAUGAGUAACGCAAUAUUAGCACUAAAGUAACUACUAUUAUCUAACAAGAAACUCUGAUUAAUAAAUUGGUAAGGGCUUAGUUGAAUGCAGUAAUCCUUUAUAAUUCACAUUAAUUAGGAACCUGUGUACUAUGGUUUAUAGUAGUUCUCGUGGUUGUUGAUUAACUAGUUGCUAGCUUCAUCUGAGCACUAUUGCUUACUAAAUCCUUAUUUCUUGUUAGUUAAUAGCCGUUACUAGAAUAUUAAUAGUGCAUUAGUCAUUUGAUCCAGAGACGUUUUUCAUUAACAAAGGAACAGUUACCAAAUAGUGUUAAAAUGAUUCAAAUAAUUUGUACAAUAGUAACAGUUAAAAAUCAGUUUGUUGUUAGUUUUUUAACUUUAAGAAGUUCAUCAAUUAUUGACUGUAUAGCUGAAGGAUUGGAGUUGGUCUGUGGAGCUGACUGUGAUUCCUUCUGUAAGUAUUUAGUUCUUGUGUGGGAAUGCAUUGUAACUUUAUUUAGUGGAAAAUCAUUUUUUUAUGUAUCAGUAGAAUGUGAUUUCAAUAAUAUUUUCAAAUAAAAUUGCACAGAAAGCUG